GUUGCUUGCGAGAUUUAAACUGAAAUCGAACGUGUGAAAAUUAUGAAAUUCUUGGCACUUUUGGUGCUGCUUUUGAUCUGGCAAAGUUCUGAGCUGGGCAAUGCAUUACCCAACACUGAACCCACGUCGGCGCCGUUGACAACACACAACGAAGAUCUCAAGUUCAGUCCGCGCCUUCUGGUGACGCCCGUUAAUGACAACGUGAAGCCCAUUCGAGGCACUGAGAAUCCGGUUCGACUGGCACGCAAAUUGCUAUUGGAAUUGAAGCUGUACAAUCUGGUGGACGAGGUGGUGCAGGCCAAGCAUAUAGACGAUACAUUUGGUAAGGGGCUGCUCUUCGAGAUGAGCAACCCGCUGCAGGCCAACGAAGUGUUGCAGGCCUGGGUCGAUCCACCCGGAGAACUCUGCAAGCAACUGCACGUUGCGCAGAACCUACGCAAUUUUUACGAAGCACAAAUAUCAUUUCGGACAUAAUUACAAAUUUUAAAUUGUAAGACAUUAAAGCUGAGAGAAGUAGCUGCAAAAGGUUAA